GGAGAACGAAGGACUAAUUGUGUUUCUGGUUCGAGAUUUUACCGUUAUAUUCUUAGCAUAUUGUAAUUUUUUGGUACCUAACGAUUCAUGUUCUGGAAAUGUGAUUUUGAGUAAGUUUUGAAAAGGUAGUAUGGCUUUUUUGUGUCCGGUUCGUAUACGUCGAGGAAAGAAAAAGAAACCUGGAGUGCAUAAUUUUAAUUUGGAAAAAGAUUGUGCUGGUGCAGGAGGUACAGGACUUGGUUUAGGAACAAAAGUACCAUUGCCUCCUGGUCGUAUAACAGGAAGUGCUAGUAUUGAGACAUUAGUCAGAGUAGGUAUAGAGAAGGAAAAUGGACUGUCACCAGAUAGUAAAAUGGUCAUUGUUCAUGAUUUUACACCAUGUGUUGAUGAUGAACUUCAAGUUAAACGAGGCCAGGUUGUAAAUGUUUUAUAUAGGGAGAAUGAUUGGGUGUAUGUAAUAGCAGCUGAUACACGUAUGGAAGGCUUUGUACCACAUUCAUAUUGUGCACCUUACACAUCUCAGCUUGCUGAAUUAACACUUGCUACUCUUAUGAACAAUGUGAAGAAAAAAUUACCAAGGUCUAAUGAGACUGAUUGUGAUUUUGCUGGUACAGGUCGUUCACAAACAGUAGAUGCACAACAAACUGACACUGGAUCAGCAUCAGAUUGUGAAAGUUAUGCUCGCAAUGUGACUACUGCUGAUGUGAAUGUUAAUAGAUCUAACAUCACACAAUCUCAAAAUUCUAUUCAAACUAUAUCUUCACAACCAGAUGUACACCCCUUUUUUAAGGUAUAUGUACAAAUAUUUUAAUUUUAUUUAUUCAAAUAUAUAAUCUAAACACUACAUGAUUAAGUAGAAUCUUUUAGUUUUGUAACUGUACUCAAUCGAGAUGAUCCUGACUGGUUUUGGGUACUUAGACAUUGUGAUGGUAAUGAAGGAUUUGUGCCAUCUGGAUUUGUCUAUCCAGGACAUGUUCUUCACUCAUAUGCAACAACUACUACAACCACUACCACUACUACUGUAGCUACAACAUCUACAGAAACACAUAGUUUAGGAAAAGGAAGUAGCAGUAUGCCAGGAAAUGAGUCACUGCAGCAGAAAGGUUUACGGGAUUUUCGAGAUGAAACAAACGGCACAGAAUUAGUUGUACUUUAUGACUAUAAGGCGCAGGCGCCGGAUGACUUAUCUGUGAGGAGAGCCGACUGGAUAUACGCGGACUUAGGGAAUCAAACUGUAGAUGGUUGGUUAUGGGCAUAUGCACCUAAAACUCGCAAAUAUGGGUUUAUUCCAAAAGCAUAUGCCCGUCCUCCUGCUAUGACGAGCUUAUAA